GACGUCACCUCCAGGUGAUUCGGUCGAGGACCACGUGACACGUGUCGUCAUCGCAGCUCAACCAGGAACACACAGAGAGAGAGUGAGAGAGAGAGAGAGAGAGAGAGAGAGAGUGAGUCGGUGACUUGGAGACGCAGCGAUGAGUCGGACGGAACCAGGCCUGAUGUUGGCGAGCCUGCUGCUCGUCUCCCUGUGUGUCGGGGCAGCAGCCAUGUUGGACAGCCGGCUGGACGACCACUGGGAGCUGUGGAAGGAGACACACGGGAAGAAAUACGCAAACGAGGUGGAGGAUGUGGGCCGCAGGGAACUGUGGGAGAAGAACCUGAUGCUCAUUACCAUGCACAACCUGGAGGCCUCGAUGGGGCUUCACACCUACGACCUGGGCAUGAACCACAUGGGAGACCUGACAGCAGAGGAGAUCAUGCAGUCCUAUGCCACGCUCAGUCCUCCCGCUGACAUCCAGAGGGCGCCAUCUCCCUUUGCCGGGGCGUCGGGCGCUGACGUGCCGGCCACCGUGGACUGGAGAGACCGGGGCUGCGUCACCAGCGUCAAAAUGCAGGGGGCCUGUGGCUCUUGCUGGGCCUUCAGUGCCGCAGGGGCCCUGGAGGGCCAGUUAGCCAAGACCACGGGGAAGCUGGUGGACCUCAGCCCGCAAAACCUGGUGGACUGUUCCGGCAAAUACGGCAACAAAGGCUGCAACGGGGGCUUCAUGAGCUCAGCCUUCCAGUACGUCAUCGACAACCAGGGCAUCGACUCCGACGCUUCCUACCCCUACAGAGCACAGGUGCAACAGUGCCUCUACAACCCCACGUACCGAGCCGCCAACUGCUCCAGCUACCGCUUCCUGCCCGAAGCGGACGAGCAGGCUCUGAAACAGGCCCUCGCCACCAUCGGACCCAUCUCCGUGGGGAUUGACGCCACGCGGCCCAAAUUUGCUUUCUACAGAAGCGGCGUGUACAACGACCCGACCUGCACCCAGAAGGUGAACCACGGGGUGUUGGCUGUGGGCUACGGCACAUUGAGCGGACAAGACUACUGGCUGGUGAAGAACAGCUGGGGAACUCAUUUCGGAGACGAGGGCUACAUCCGGAUGACGCGCAACAAGAACGACCAGUGUGGCAUCGCCCUGUAUGCCUGCUAUCCCAUCAUGUAGCUGCACAGAAAAAACCGAACCCAGUCUGUGGAAAAAAUCCUAAUUCACUUCUUUCUUCCGUGUAUGAUUUUACAGAAUGAUUUCAUGAAAAUGUUUUACUACGAGGGUCACAAAUGGCAACUCUUUGUAUACUAAAGUACCAGCACUUUUUGGCGUUUUUUAAUAAAGAGGAGGAAUCAGGUU